AUGCUAGGACUCGAUCCUACUGCAGCACUAUUGGUUGACUCUUUCUUUCUGUACAUAAGGACUUCUGGAACUAAGGUAGAAGUCCGUCGUGUCAUAGAUCAUACACCUGUAACAUACACUGUUGGGGGGUCAGUCAAGACUGAGCUCGGCCCUUCUUCCUUCACCGACCAUCGUUCAGGACUUAGUCCGGUGUCAUGCGCAUUGACACCUAACAAAAUAUUCUCCCAUGUGCAUAUCUCUAUCUCAGCACAUAAUCACAGGUCUCGGACUAAAACUAGCACACGAAGGUGUCGGAAACUAGCCCUUAACUUAAUUACGUGGGGCUGUCCUGUUUUCAGGACUGCUACGUAUCAUCCCAUUCCAGAUAAUUGGGAGUUCUCUGAUGACUUGCCAGAUGAGGAUGUAUUUCUCAUUCAAAACUCGCCUUGGAAUAUGUACUUUGAUGGGGCUGCUCGUCAAGAUGGUGCUGGGGCCGGUGUCGUCUUCAUUUCUCCUGAAGGUGAAGUUCUACCAUAUGCUUUCAACUUCUCGCAAAAUUGCUCAAAUAAUGUAGCUGAAUAUCAUCCAUUGAUAUUGGGUCUUGAUGUGGCGAUUGAGAUGAACAUCGAUCAUAUCAAUGUGUUUGGAGAUUCGGAAUUAGUGGUCAACCAACUUCUUUCAAUUUAUAAGGUAAAGAAACCGGAGUUGAUACCAUGCUUCCAACAUGCUAGUAGACAAAUUGAUAAGUUUGACACCAUCAACAUUGAGCAUGUACCUAGAAAAGAAAACAAGCAAGCAGAUGCGUUAGCCAAUCUUGCAGCUACUUUGACUCUUUCAAACACAGAAGUUCAAGUGCCCGUUUGUAAAAGGUGGGUUGUCCCAGAAUUCGUCCUUAACAAUGAUGAAGGUGACUAUGAGCAAGUAAGCUUUGCUUCUGUUUAUGAAAUUGAAAAAGAAGACUGGCGCCAACCUUUGAUCGACUACUUAGAGCAUGGAAGACUACCUGACGAAGCAAAGCAUAGGGCAGAAGUAAAACGAAGAUCAUCUCGCUUUGUUUACUUUAAAGAUACUCUUUAUCGUCGCUCUUUUGAUGAUAUCUGGCUACGGUGUCUGGAUGAUGAAGAAGCCACAAAGGCGUUGGAAGAAGCGCAUUCAGGGGUGUGUGGGGCCCAUCAAUCAGGGCCUAAGUUGCACUUUCAUAUCAAAAGGAUGGGAUAUUAUUGGCCUACAAUGCCUUUUGAUGCUUGGGGAUUAGAUGUUGUUGGUCCUUUGCCUAAAAGUUCAGGAGAGCAUCUCUACAUACUAUCUGCAACUGACUACUUCUCCAAAUGGGCUGAAGCCGCAGCGCUCAAGGAAGUCAAGAAAGAAGUGGUAGUGAACUUCAUAAAGAACUACAUCAUCUUUCGACAUGGCACUCCGCGUUAUAUCAUCACGGAUAAUGGAAAAGAGUUCUCCAAUAAGGCUAUGGACAAGUUAUGUGUGGAAUUCAAAUUCAAACAAUACAACGCAUCCAUGUAUAAUGCACCAGCCAACGGUCUUGCAGAAGCUUUCAACAAAACCUUAUGCAGUUUGCUUAAGAAGAAUGUGAGCCGCACUAAGAGAGAUUGGCAUGAAAGGCUAGGAGAAGCCUUAUGUGCUUAUCGUACCACACAUAGAACGGCAACCGGGGCGACUCCAUAUUCACUUGUGUAUGGCACUGAAGCUGUACUACCAUUAGAAUGUCAAGUUCCAUCUCUGAGGAUCGCCAUCCAAGAAGGCCUCUCUAGCAAUGAAAAUGCACGCUUGCGCCUUGAAGAAUUGGAAGCUCUUGAUGAGAAGAGGUUGGAAGCACAACAAAGAUUGGAGUGUUAUCAAGCUCGAAUGUCAAAGGCCUUUAACAAGAAGGUGCGCCCGCGCUCUUUUCAACUUGGAGAUUUAGUUCUUGCAAUAAGAAGACCUAAAAUCAUCUCACGCCGAAUGGGAAAUAAAUUCCUUUCAAAUUGGGAUGGCCUUAUGUUGUUCAAGAAGUUUACUCUAAUGGUGCAUACAAGAUUGUUGAUCAAGAUGGACUACGUGUUGGACCAAUCAACGGAAAGUUCUUGA